CCAUCUCAUUGGUGUGUACGAAAAGAGCAAAAGACAUUUUGAAUUGAGGAUUGGUACCAAUCAUGUCAACUGCACAAAUUUCGACUCUUUUGCGCUUCUUGACUCAGGAUGCUAGGGUCCCGCUGGCUGUUGCGAUAGGCAAAACACCAGAGCUACAGAAAGCUAACCUGACCAGCGCAGAUGAAAUAGCCAAAGCAGAUGUCCAAGUUCUUCAAGACAUAUUCAAGGAUCAAAAGGUUGCCAAGCAAAUACUCAAUGCUGGUAAACGAGUCUCCAAGAAACGCGGAGCCCCGGCUGAGAAUACAUCGACGUCACCGCAAAAGAAAAAGAAGAAUAUCAGCGUAGCGAAAGACUCAGCUCCAUUUGAUAUUGAAUCGUCACUCAGGCUGCCCACUUCGUCGAUCCCUAAUCACGAACUUGGUGACAGGAUUGUCGUGGCCAACCGAGCACCUUUGGUGCUUGCUUUCGCUGUCUGUGUCCUGAAAUAUACCAUGCCAGAACAGCCUAUAUCGAGCCGACUGAGUCUUGCCCAGGCAGUAGUAAGUGCCAAUAGUCGGUCCAAGGCCGUGAGUCUAGGUAUAGAGAAUGGCCAAUCGGCGGAGGAAGAAGGCUGGGGCGAAGGCCAGCCCGUUGUUAAGGUCCUUGGAAGAGAGAUUAGAGUUUUGAAACGCUGGGACUAUAAUCCUCGCGAAGGACAGCCAACUACACCAUCAGCUUCAAAAGACCCAGACUCAAAUACAGCCCUCGCCGACGACUUUCUAGGCAACGGUAACAUUGACGACGCUGAUAAGAUGCCUCCCCUUUGGGGCGUUGAUUUGGAGGCUGCUCGAAGCUCUCAAAGUAAUACGAACUCGCAAAAACGGACCGGGGGCUUGCCAAUAUACACGGCUCAAUCUGCACGGUCAUAUCUCCUGCGAUCUAUAUCAAAUGUGCAAACAUCCGCAGCACCUUCUAAAACCAAGUCAAAUAUGGCCACGGUCCAAGAAAAAGAAGAGUCUGUUGCUUGUCUUCUAUCUGUCAUCGACUCCGUCUGCAAAUCGUGGGCCACAACUUUGAAUAAGGACGAAUUGGACAGGCGCGCGUGGGCGUGGUACCUCAAGGUCCGACCAGAUGUCCAGAGCGGAGUUCAAGGCUGGGGACAGAAGGGGCAAGUGAAUUUAUCAGACAUUCUUGCUCUGCGAAAUAACUCUUGAUGCUACGUCUUAACCUUGAGUGUCGUGGGUUCUCUACUGCAAUAAAAGAAAGGAACUCUUGGCAACCAAGAUUAAUAUUGAUUGAGAGGAGUAUGUGCUUCAUGGAACUAUAUCGCAUAUAGCUGCCAUUCACAACAGCAGUUAAUAGAGAAGGCUAACUUUCAAAGACUAGAGCCAGUAAUUUUGGCCACCUCUUCGGCGAUGUUGUAAUUUAUCACCUUUUGCAGCUGACUACCCAUGAGACUCGGGAAGAGUCC